AUUUAAAACUGUGCGCAGGCCCCCUGGCGCCGAGUCUCGACUAAUGAUCAGUGCUGCCUUGUCUACCGUCGAGUGCGUAACAACACCGUGAACCGUGUUUACACAAGAACUAUUCCGCCAGUGUUUGUUUAGUUUCAGCAGUUUCAACACUUUACACACGUGAAAAUGGCUGACAGUGGUCUCAAGAGGAACAUCCCCAUCAAACUAGGUGACUUUUCUGUCAUCGACACCGAAUUCUCAAGCAUCAGAGAAAGAUUCGAUGCUGAAAUGAGGAAAAUGGAAGAGGAAAUGAGCAAAUUCAGAUCAGAACUCAUGAACAGAGAAAGCAAUAACUUCUUCAAGAGCACAACAAGCUCCACUACAUCGUCACAACACAGCGACAGCAGACAGUUGGCAGAGCCCAGCCACUGGGAUAGCCUGAACUCCCCCCUCAUCCAGGAUGAGGGUGACGGCAAAUCACUAAAACUCCGUUUCGACGUCAGCCAGUACACACCCGAAGAAAUCGUCGUCAAGACCGUUGACAACAAACUAUUGGUGCACGCGAAACACGAGGAGAAGUCAGACACAAAGUCCGUCUACAGAGAGUACAACCGCGAGUUCCUGCUGCCCAAAGGCACCAACCCUGAGGCCAUCAAGUCCUCGCUGUCCCGGGACGGAGUGCUGACCGUGGAGGCGCCGCUCCCUCAGCUGGCCAUCACCGAUAGGAACAUCCCCAUCCAGAAACACUGAGCCACUCACCAGCGAACACGGCCGCAGCUAUUCCAUACUGUUAAUAAUUUAUUUUAAUUUACGUCUUAUUAUUACUGUAAGGAGUAUUCGCGAUAUUCUCAUCUUUAUCUAGAAUCUUAUAGAGAAUCUCAAAAUUGAUUAACACUUAUUUGUUAUUGGUCAAUUACUGAGCUAUUCCAUCGUUCAUUGUAGAGCACAGUUGCGUCUCGCACUGUUCACGUUGAAUGUUGCUUUAGUGACAUUGCUUUCACUGUGAUUGUUAGGAGUUUGUGCAUUCAUUAAUGCAUUUCCCGAUAUUAUUUUGGAUAUUCCGUUUGUAGGAAAGGAUUUAGAAAAAUUAGUAAUAUAUCAUGUGAUUGUUUCGUUAAGAACACGAGAUGUUAAUAGAUAAAACUAAUGGCCUAAGAGCUUACAACGUGUUCAUUGAUAUUAUAUUGUGCAAUUUGUAUUUGGUGUGAAAAGUAAUUAUUCAUAAAAUUGGCUAUGACAACGACGAUUGGAAGUGUCUUAACUGUAGGUAAAUAUUAAGUCCAUUUUUGCUUAACACAACCUGCUGCCAGCAGCGAUAACAGCCUGUUUCGAUACACAAAUUUAACAGCUUUUAACUUGAUACACAUUUAUAUUUUAGUACAAACAGUUGUUACGAACGUUUUAAAUGUCAAUAAAACAUAAAAAACCAA